CUUGUUUUUAGCUUUGGCCUUUCCGAUUCCUAAGCUCGCCGGCAAAAUCGCACAUUUCCACAUAAAAAAAAAAACACACUGUUUCUCCGCCAAAUCUACCGUCGUCCCCGGCGAAAAAAAAAAUCCCCGGGGACUCAGGCGAUCGUUUUGCAUUGUUUAGUAGCGAAGUGUGUGUACGUACUAUAGCGUAAUUGAAUUGAAGAGAAUUUGAAUCUCUCCCUCUCUGGUCUUCGUUGAAGAGAGAGAAGACGCCGAUUACCAUCGGCGUCGCCACAUUCAGGAAUGGAUAACAUAAAAAGCCCAUUGAAAGGGAUUGUAAGUGACUUCAAAGGAAGAAUAGCAUGCUAUAAACAAGAUUGGACUGCUGCAUUUUGCUGUGGUCCCAGGAUUUUGGCUCCGACUACCUAUAUAUUCUUUGCUUCUGCACUUCCAGUAAUUGCUUUUGGAGAACAACUUAGUAGAGAAACAGAUGGAAGUUUGAGCACAGUGGAAACUCUGGCUUCUACUGCUCUUUGUGGUAUCAUACACUCAAUAAUUGGUGGACAGCCGCUUUUGAUUUUAGGGGUGGCAGAACCGACAGUUAUAAUGUACACUUACUUAUACAGUUUUGCAAAAGGGCGGGCUGGUCUUGGACAAGCACUGUUCUUGGCUUGGGCUGGAUGGGUGUGCAUCUGGACAGCUCUCCUACUCUUUCUUUUAGCAAUAUUCAAUGCUUGCACCAUCAUCGGUAAAUUUACAAGGAUUGCAGGGGAGCUUUUUGGCAUGUUGAUUGCAGUUCUUUUCAUUCAACAGGCUGUUAAGGGAGUGAUAAGUGAAUAUAAAAUUCCUGAAGCUGAAGACGCAACAGCAGAAAAGUAUCAAUUUCCGUGGCUAUAUACAAAUGGGCUGCUAGGAAUUAUAUUCUCCUUUGGUCUACUCUUUACUUCUUUAAAGAGCAGAAGGGCAAGAUCAUGGCGGUAUGGCACAGGAUGGUUUCGAAGUUGUAUUGCAGAUUAUGGGGUACCUUUGAUGGUAUUGGUAUGGUCAGCAUUGUCAUUCAGUGUACCUAGUACAGUUCCUUCUGGAGUUCCCAGGAGGCUUGUUAGUCCUCUUCCUUGGGAGUCUGCAUCAUUGCAGCAUUGGACAGUAAUCAAGGAUUUGGGGAAGGUGCCACCAGAAUACAUAUUGGCUGCCUUUGUGCCAGCAGUGAUGAUUGCGGGUCUUUACUUUUUUGACCAUAGUGUUGCCUCACAAAUGGCACAACAGAAGGAGUUCAAUCUCAAGAACCCACCUGCUUAUCACUAUGACAUCUUGAUUCUUGGGAUUAUGACUUUGCUGUGUGGAUUAAUUGGACUUCCUCCCUCCAAUGGGGUACUCCCACAAUCUCCCAUGCACACCAAGAGUCUAGCUGUUCUCAAGAGACAGUUGUUUAGAAAGAGAAUGGUAAAGAGUGCCAAGGAAUGCAUGAAGCAAAAAGCUAGCAACUUGGAAAUUUAUGGCAGGAUGCAAGCAGUGUUCAUUGAAAUUGAUGCAACUCCAGCUCCUUCAGUAGCAAAUGAGCUGAAGGAAUUGAAGGACGCAGUUAUGAAAGGUGAAGAUGGAGGAAUCCAAAAUGAAAAAUUUGAUCCUGAAAAGCACAUUGAUGCUUGCUUGCCUGUCCGGGUUAAUGAGCAAAGACUAAGCAACCUAGUACAGUCACUUCUUGUGGCGGCAUCAUUAUUUGCCAUGCCUGUAAUAAAAAAGAUACCUACAUCAGUUCUUUGGGGAUAUUUUGCCUACAUGGCCAUAGACAGCCUCCCUGGAAAUCAGUUCUGGGAAAGAAUGAAGCUGCUCUUCAUAACUCCUGGACGGCGUUACAAGGUUUUGGAAGGAGCACAUGCCUCUUUUGUGGAGUCAGUACCAUACAAAUAUAUUGCUACAUUUACACUUUUCCAGUUGAUGUAUCUUCUAGUUUGUUUUGGAGUUACAUGGAUACCCAUUGCUGGAAUAUUGUUCCCCUUGCCAUUCUUUCUUCUCAUAAGCAUCAGAGAGCAUAUUCUCCCCAAGUUGUUUCACCCACUUCACCUUCAUGAAUUGGAUGCGGCUGAGUAUGAGGAAAUACCUGGAGUUUGGACUCACAGUCAUGGCAUUUCAUUCAAGGACAAGGAGCCUAAUCAAUCUGAAGAUAAAGGUAGAGAAGUAGAAAUAUGUGAUGCCGAGAUAUUGGAUGAGCUGACCACCAGCAGAGGAGAGUUGAAGCUUAGAUCUGUAAGCUUCAGUGACAAUGUCCUUGCUCAGAUUCACCCUGAGGAAGAUGACUCAGAUAUUGGGAAAGAACCUUUUUUCUAAGCACAAUAAGAUGUGGUAAUGCUGUUUAUGAUCAAGUUCAAAUGGAGGAAAGGAAGAAACUACCAUCUUCUAUCCUCCCCUUUUCAUAAAGAAUAUGUGAAGCAGAAAGGAAAGAGAAAGGAUGGAGGCACAAACUGAUGCACAAGAAUAUAUAUAAAUAUAUAUAUAUAUAUAUAUAUUUUUUUUUCAUUUCUUUUAAAGAAUUUUGUUCAAAUCAUUCAUUUUUUUCAUAUAUUAGAUCUUUGACUCAGAAGUGAGAGGGAUAACAGAAGGAUAUGGGUAAUUCAUUUUCUUCAUGUAUUAGAUCUUUAACUUAGAGGUGAGAGAGAUAACGAAGGAUAUAGGUUACGUCGGCUAGAAAAUCUUUAAAUUUGUAAUACCAAGAAAAGCAAAUC